GUGACACUGCAAAGCAUCAAACACCCUGGUGACUCUAGGACCCAGGGAGAGACACCAAAGGGGGUGCGGCACAUUUUUUUUAAUAUGACCACAGAACCUGUUAGUUCACUCUUGCUUCCUCUCAGACAGUUUGAAUAAGUCCCUCACAAUAGUUCCUUGAUGUGAGCGUUGCACCAAAGAGGUGCUCUGUGCAGCAGCAGCAGCCACAGCAGCAGGGGUCCCACAGCCCUGAACCCGAGCCUUGACGACCUCACUGUUCUCCAUGACUCGUGGACGAGGACCUCUGUGACCUGACAUGAGAGGUGUCCCUGUAUCCCCGGAAGUGAACAGCCAGCCAUGGAGCAGCAGGCCAGGGUACUGAGGACGUUCCUGGACCAGCUGGAGAGACAGGAGGCAACCGAUGAGGACGCAGCGAAUGGCUUUGCUGGGGAGUUUUCUAGAUUGAAAAGCCAGUCAACCAAGUAUCGCAUUGACAAGACCUUCCCCACCAAGACAGCAGACAAGCAGGAGAACACCAAGAAGAACCGAUACAAGGACAUUGUUCCCUUCGACCACAGCAGAGUAAAGCUCAUUUUCACCGCAACUAAAAAUGACACAGACUACAUCAACGCCAAUUUCAUCAAGGGGUUCGAGGGGUCGAGGGCGUACAUCGCCACUCAGGGUCCUCUGCCCCACACGCUGCUGGACUUCUUCAGGAUGCUUUGGGAAUAUAACAUAAAGGUCGUGGUGAUGGCCUGUCGAGAAUUUGAAAUGGGGAAGAAAAAGUGCGAGCGCUACUGGCCACAGAAACACGAGCAGCCAUUUGUGUGUGAGCCGUUCACAGUUCACUGUGACUCUGAGGAAUCUAAAGGAGAUUAUUUGACAAGGACAUUGAGGGUGACUUUCCGCAAUUGUAGUCGAACUUUGAAGCAGCUGCACUAUGUGAACUGGCCGGAUCACGGCGUGCCCGACGCCAUCCCCCCCAUCCUGGACAUGUUGCAUGAGAUGCGUUCCUACCAGGCCCACGAUGACGUCCCCAUCUGCAUCCACUGCAGUGCCGGCUGCGGCAGAACAGGAGCCCUGUGCGCCAUCGAUUACACCUGGAACCUGCUGAAGAAACAGAUGAUCACUGCAGAUUUCAACAUCUACGACUUGGUUCAGGACAUGAGGACCCAGAGGCCGUCGGUGGUUCAAACCAAGGAACAGUACGAGCUGGUGUACAGGACCAUCAAGCUGCUGUUUAAGGGAUACCUGCACGCCCUGGACGCACAGAAGUGCAGAAAUGAGGUGACGAUGGUAUCAUGUGCUGUCACGCCUGACUCUGAAAACAAGCUUCCGGACCAGGAGCUGGUUUUGCUGCCUCAGCCCCUGCAGAACGAGGAGAGGGACGUUCCACCACAGCUCCACCAUCCCUCGCCCUCCACUCCGGAAGAUCUCAUUGCCUCGACAUCCAGGGAGAAGCACAUGGACCAGCAGCAGUGGAGCCUGCUCCGGGCCUCUCCUGACGCGGGGGUCACCGGCCGGGACCUGCAGCAGGGACCCGGGACCUCGCCCCAGCAGGUGCACACGAGCCAGAGCGCCCCUGCAGCAGAGGAGAGGGAUAACCUGCCGCAGCUGAACCCUCCACCUUCACCAGCGGUCGCCAUUUGUAUGAUGGUGGAGGACCCGUACUUCGACAGCCCAAUGAACUCGCCUCUAUCUGAGGAGGCUCCCAUGGACUCUGUUGAACAGGCCAGACCAUGGACAGUCAACCCUCUCCACACACCCUCGUUCUCUCUGAAUGAUCAGCCUCUAGAAGAUGACACGCCUGCCUCAGGUACUGAAGAACCUCACACGGAUGAGGAGGCACCUCACACGGAUGAGGAGGCACCUCCUCCGUUACCUGAACGAACCCCUGAAUCCUACGUUCUGGCUGUGGACGCAGGCAGGACACCCUCACCUGUGCCGCCCCUUCCAGAGAGAACGGCUGAAUCUUUUGAGCUGGAUUUAGAUCAAGCUCCCGUGGAGCAGAACUCCGAGGUCACGCCAGCUGUGAACCUGAAGCGAAUCGGAACGUCCUCCGAAUGGUCAGGUGACUCACAAUCAGCUUUGAGCGUGAACACGCAUGAGAAGAAACCUUGGAUCAGGAGUAAAAGUCUGAGAGUGAAAACUACGCUCACAGCUCCAGUGACACGUCUCAGUCUCGCACCAAACUCAACAUCAGAGCCUCAUCCCUUCUUUCCUCCUCUGGACCCACUGACUCCUCCGCUGCCUCCUCACAAUGUCAACAGCCGGACUGACAGAACCCCAGAGUCCUUCAUCCCCCAAACAGACGCCGUUCAGGAGAAACCUGCCCUCUGGCUGCAGCCCUCAGAAACAGCACAUCCCUCGCACAGGGUGGGUCUGUCGGCUGAGUGGGACGGCAACUCUCAGCCCGAGAAGUUCCUCGAUGUGGUCAUGAGCAGAAGCAAGAGUGUUCGAGCUAAAAGUUUAAGACAAGAGCCCCUCCAUGCAGUUUGGCAGAUCGCUCCACCUCCCGUGGUCGUAACGGCAGCAGGAAGUGUACGAGUGGAACCGCCCGAUGUGAACCGCAGGCCCUCGCCGAGCGCCGAGCCGUCAGGGAACCAAUCAGACAGAGGCGACGAGAAGGGGAUGUCAAGAACAAGGAGUCUCAGGUUUUUUAGACACAAACAAAAACCUAAAAGUGAACCUCCACCACCUCCUACUCAUCCGGGAGCUGCACCCCCGACCUUGUCCUCUGCCUUUAAAUUUGGAUUUGGAAACCGUUUUGGGAAACCGAAAGGCCCGAGGAGUCAUCCAGAUACUUGGUUCUGAGGCGGAAGCUGCUCUCCACACAUCAGCGCUGGAGCUUUUUUUGGUGACUCGAGACAUUUGGACGUUCCUCAGACACGAGAAGCCACAAGGGCCUCGUCUCUCUCUCCUCGCCGAGAGCAAACAGGAAGUGCCUCGCCACCUGCCUCGUGCCUUUUGUACUGCACAUGCACUGAAGUAGAUUCUGAUGCUUGACCGUUGGACAACAAGUGUCUCUAUAGAGUAAUGUGUCUAACUUGAUAAAUAUAUUUUUCUUAACUAUAUAUGUUCGGUUGUGUAUGUGUUUGUGAUUUCGACAUGAGCUUAAAAAAAACGGGUUGGACGGGACAAACUGUGAAGCACGUGUGACAUUCUGGAUUCUUUUUAAAAGGAUUUUAAAAGCAUCGUCUUCUAAAAGAAUCGUGAAAAUGUGGAAAAAAACGAUAUCAGUGAAUGUGAUGCAUAUUGAAUAUGCAUGAAAUGUAUUAAAUAAACAGGUUACAAACGAAAGUAUUUAUUAAAAAAUAUAGAAAGUCAA